AUGGUAUGUUAGUCUUAAGAAGACAGUUCAUAUGGAUGUUCGGCGUUUUUGAGCAAACUGCUCAGUCGAGCUGCAUUUCCCGCAACGCUGACUGACCUUGUGAAGUUUGAAUGCAUUUAGAGUCUUCAUAGUCGAACGCCCCGUGCAAUCCACCAUCGAUCCAAAGUUAUGAAAAGAAUCUCGACAUAUUUACGUUCCGAAAUAACCACGAGCAAUGAGAGAUCUAACUCAUUCCCUGCGAAAAGGGGAGACCCAAACACGUCAAAAGAGACCCAAACUCGUCUGUCUUAGAAAGAGGCUACGCCGAAAACCAUGCAUAAAACCUGCUGAAGCAUUAGAUUCAGACAACUUCGAUCAGACAUAUGUGACGAGGAGUGGACGUAACGCUACACCAGUUUCUGCCGAAAUUGCUUUUUUUGUUUGAACGCAUUAUGACAUUUCGUACUAACUCAGAACUGCAAGGGCAAGUAAGAUGUUAUCGUCAUGCUUGGGGCUGGUAUGCAAUUACAGAAAAUGCAAGCAGAACUUACACGAAAUUGCCAUUGUCACAAUUUGCCAACACAUAUUUUGCACUCUUCACGGCCCCAAGAUAUUAGACGGCCAACACAUUGCUGUUUGUCCUGUCUGCGAUUGCAGGCUUGAUCGCAAUGUUAAUGAUUACGUCGAGGUAAACGUCCGGUCCGAUGACUGUUAAAAGGUUGACCUUCAACCUCCUGAUAGAUUUAAGUCUCUGAUUUUGGCUGGCCAAUCUCCGGAAGUAAUAUUAGAUAUAUGUUCUCGCGCCCUCAGUUUUUUCCACUUCCAGCAAUCUUUGCGAGCACAAUUUCUGGAGUAUAUAGCUGCAAAAGCGUUCGAAAAGACUAAAACAAUGGAAAAAGAAUUUAAAACCGUUCUGUCUCAAAUGAAAGAGGAAAAUUUGCUUAUCGAGCACAAGAAGAAUGCCGUAUAAAUCCCAAAAUUCACUUUCAUUCUAGUUCCUUUAUAGCUUCUACAGGAAUGCGAGGAGUUGCGCUCGAAACUAAUUAUUUCUGAUCAAAAACUCACACAGUUAGAAAAAGAAUGCCAGAGACUAAGUUUGGUACAGAGGAAAACCUCAACUUCAGCCGUUAAUGAACCUGACCUACUGAAUAUGUCUUUAAUUCAGCCUCGAAAGAGCACUGCAUCUAUUUGGGGACCGGAUCCUAAACGGAAUAGAGUAGACGCCACUGAAUUAUCCAUCAGUGCGGAUAAUCUGGAGUCCUCGAAAUCUCUCGCUAAGCAGGAUGAUAGUGCGAAUGUCAAAUUUGAUCUUAUUUCGCGGAAUCGCAAACCAUCUCCGUUCCGUUUUGUGUCGACAGGCCAUGGACGUGUUGAAGGACAAGUCGCACCCACAAAUACUUUUAUUUGCAAAAGUCCUGCAGGUUUGGAGCACUUUUGACUUUAAUUUUGCCUUUAGAAUUUGGGGGCUUCAAGCUCCAGCAUUACGGGACGUCUCUCUUUACACUAAGCGGAAGUCGCUGA